AUGGACAGCAGCUGUGUCCUCGCAGGCCUGCCUACGGAGAUUCUGUGCAUAAUUGCACAGAAUCUAGAGAUCGAUGACUUCCAAGCGCUACGUCUAGUCAGUCCGAUACUUGCCGAGAGAACAGGUUACACAUUCCGUGCCAAAUUUUUCCAGGAUCUCAAAGUCUACGGCGAUGACAUAGGUCUAAGAGAUCGUGGGAAAUUGUGUAGAAUCUCACAAAACGAAUAUUUUGGACCAUUUGUUCGUACCCUAUGUUUCAGGGAGACGGACCAGGAGCCCUCUAAGCAGCAUGGGAAUACGACUCACCUUAUAAAUUCGGUCCCUCCUCAAAACUCCCCAAGAUCUCAGCUUUCAGGCUCUACGGUGGUGCACCUUAACCGUAAUUCCUCGCCCGUGUUCUCUUCUAAUACGGAAAGGAUUAGUAGCUUGAGUGCGGUGCUCUCAAGGCUUCCGAAGUUGAGUUGCAUACGUUUCAAUGUGAAGUUUGGUGGAGAUCCUCAAUUCGGGUCCCAAGGACGCUCUCUAGCUUCGCUGCAUCAUUUGCUUGAGGCAAUAGACGUCAGUGAGAUUCAACUACAAGAGUUCUCCCUCAAAAUUCCAAUACUUUUACCCCACGACCAGGAUUGGAUGAGACGCCCCGUACUCCCCACACUAGAAAAAAUGCGGAACGUUUCGAACGUGCAGUACCACUUGGCGGCGCCCGAUGAAGGUAUCCGGCGCUGGUAUAACUGUACGUCUUGCUUGGAUUCCCAGACAAGCUUAUGGAUAGCAGCUGAUGAAGUUUGUUAA